UGUUUGUUUUAUCUUUUCUCUUAUUAUUUUUUAUUCCUUAGUCUUGAACCCCUCUUCCGGAGCCAGCUCCUACCCUCCCUCCCUCCCUGGAUUGUCUCGUUACUUAGUUUUACUAGUGAGGCGAGAACUCGAAAAUCACCGCUCAAGCCCCUUGGAGGGGGGGUAGCAGUCGUCCCGGCGGUUUUUGCGCCUUAGUGGCAUGCACGAUCUCUGCCUCCACGACCCCCCCUGCGGGAAGCUCGAAAGUCAUGUGUUCUCAGGGCCCCGUUGCCUGGUCGUGAUUGGCGAGGAAGUAAAAGCAAGAAGUGAGGGACAGGGCACAUAGAUGCAACAGUCUUGGACAGAACAGAACAGAACAGCGGCAUUGCGGCUGGGAAACGUAUCCACGUCCAGCUCUCUUCCCCCCCUACCAAGUCCCCCCCAGCCGGGUUAGCUUCGCAUUUAAGGGAAAACUCUCUUUCGUUUGCACAAGCUCUUUCUGGCCUGGUCUGGUCUACAUGGUAGGACUGCUACCAAGGCCGGCCAGGGAUCAUCGUCGCAGAGGGCGAAGCGUUGCUAUACUACUAAUUCGGUUUGCGUGGCUCCCUCCCCUCAAUCUUGCGACCUGGUCAAAUGGAGCCCGUGAGAGACAAGCGGCUCGAGGGGACCAGCCGGUGCCUGUCUCGCAAUGUUUGCGCCCCUCGGCUCAGAAAGGAUGGGUCCCUGGCGCGGUGCUACCUAGUGUCAAGAGCCAACAUGGGGGGGGAAGCUGCCCUACGGCAAGCCACGCACUAUCGGAAUGAUGUGCGACGGUGCUACGUCUGGAGUGAACGGCAUCC